GGUUUGUGAAGUGGGGGAGGCGGGCGAAGCGGACGCUGCGGUUUGCACCGGCUUUCGGCGCCUCGAACCCCGACUCAGCGCCACGGCCGCCCUGCUCCUGCUGUCCGCGAGCUUGAGGACCGUCCGACGCCUCCUGGUUCCCGUGCGGGUUCCGAAUCCUGACCCCGGUGGGGGCCAGCGGCCCCUCCCCUGCCCUCCGAGGACCGAAGAUGAGCUUCCUCUUCAGCAGCCGGUCUUCUAAAACAUUCAAGCCAAAGAAGAAUAUCCCUGAAGGGUCUCAUCAGUAUGAACUCUUAAAACAUGCAGAAGCAACUCUAGGAAGUGGGAAUCUGAGACAAGCUGUUAUGCUGCCAGAGGGAGAGGACCUCAAUGAAUGGAUUGCUGUUAACACUGUGGAUUUCUUCAACCAAAUCAACAUGUUAUAUGGAACUAUUACAGAAUUCUGCACUGAAGCAAGCUGUCCAGUCAUGUCUGCAGGUCCCAGAUAUGAAUAUCAUUGGGCAGAUGGUACCAAUAUUAAAAAGCCAAUCAAAUGUUCUGCACCAAAAUACAUUGACUAUUUGAUGACUUGGGUUCAGGAUCAGCUUGAUGAUGAAACACUUUUUCCUUCUAAGAUUGGUGUCCCAUUUCCCAAAAACUUUAUGUCUGUGGCAAAAACCAUUCUAAAGCGUCUCUUCAGGGUUUAUGCCCAUAUUUAUCACCAGCACUUUGAUUCUGUGAUGCAGCUGCAAGAGGAAGCCCACCUCAAUACCUCCUUUAAGCACUUUAUUUUCUUUGUUCAGGAGUUUAAUCUGAUCGAUAGGCGUGAGUUGGCACCUCUUCAGGAAUUAAUUGAGAAGCUUGGAUCAAAAGACAGAUAAAUGUUUCUCCUAGAACACAGUUACCCUCUUGGUUCUUCUAUUGCUAGUGCUAUCUCAUUGCUAUCUUGUAUAAGCUAGUGCUAAAACAAACAAACAAAAAAAUAAGAUAAAAAAACACCCAUUGUCUGUAUCUUCAGAUAAAAUUGUCCCAAAGGUAGGUUGACCUAAUAGCUUCAGAGUGAAACCCUAAGGACACAGCCAAGUCAGAGGUAUUAUGUGACCACUCCUGUUUUGUCAGAGUCAUUCUUGACUGUAACAUGAUGACUAACCUGUAGCUUGUUUCCUUACUGUUUUACUCAAGAAAGCGAUUGAGUAUGUUUCUGGUGAUAGCAUAACGGACAUUAAGAAUUUUCAGCAAUAAUUUAUUAACAGGUUUCUAGAACAGAUUUCCUAAUAACACAGUCAUAUAGGUUUUAUUCUGCUUUUAUCUUAUGAAUAGAAAUUUUUUUUAAAGUUUCCUUAACAAUAGAACAUCUGUGUCACUUUAGAUAGCCUUUUAGUUUGAAGUUUGUAUGCUAGUGUUUUAUAGAUAAGAAUAUAUCGUUUUUCGCCAGGCAUGGUGGUACACACCUGUAAUCCCAGCACUUGGGAGGCUGAGGCAGGAUCACAAGUUCAAGACCAGGCUGGGCAGCUUAGUGAAACCCUGUCUCAAAAAAAAAUUUUUUUUUUUU